AUGGCGACAAACGAGGAAUUGCUCGCCCAGUACUCGCAUCAGUUCAUUCCGUACUCUUUCCAAGCAGGCUAUGUGUGCCUCAGUUAUGCCGUCAGCCUCAUCGGCGCGGGCGCCACUCUCGAGCUCGUCCGGCGCCAGACCUCGAACAAGGGUUUCCACAAUUUACUGCUUCUGACUGGUGCCGCGAUAUCCAUGGGAGGAAUUGCAAUCUGGUCCAUGCAUUACAUCGGCAACCGAGCCAUCUACAUCCUCAACGGAGAGAAGGAACUCCAGAUUGCCUACACCACCGGGCUCACGGUUCUAUCCCUGUUCGUCCCCAUUAUCGCCCUGUUCUUGGCCUUUAUCAUCAUCAGCAGCCACGGCAGAGUCUGCUGGGUGCGCAUCAUCUUGGCAGGCGCCGUCUCCGGGUGCACCCUCGUCGGCAUGCACUACCUCGCAAAUGCAUCCAUUCGCAACUACAGGGCCGUCUAUCGUCCUGCUUACAUUGUGGGUGCGGCCUUGAUCGCAGUCGUCGCCAACAUUGCGGUUCUCGCCUGCUUCUUCGUCUUUGAAGCCGCCUGGACCAAUGUAUGGUGGCGAAGGAUCGGGUCUGCCAUGGUCUUGGCCGCGGCUGUUUCGGGAGUGCAUUGGUGUGCCGCCGCUGGCACAAGGUAUAAGCUGCUUCACUUGUACAAACCGGGGGAUGGGCUAUCACGCGACGACUCGCUCAUCGCCGUCAUCUGCCUGUCGGUUGCAGCAUGCGUCUUCAUGAUCGUUAGCGCUCUCUAUUCAAGUUGGAUCCGGAGUGACUACGCCAGAAAGGCGCAAAAGGUCGUCCUCGCAGCGGCCGUCUUUGACCAGCGAGGAAGAAUCAUGGUCAGCAAAGAGGGCUUACUACCAAGUGAGGUGGUCACGGACACCUACAUCCCAACCUCAAACAACGAGGUCUUCGACACGUCGAACCCGGUGUUCCACUGGAUGUUUUGGGCAUCUCAGAAUUGGUCCAAGAUUACCAAGGUCAUCUGCAGCAUGGAGAAUCACGUCGCCAGUCUUUCGUCCGCCAAGUUCGCUCGUACGAUGAAGCUCAAACUGCUCGGCGACGACGGGGAGGCUGUGGAAAACUACAACACAAUCCUCUGCGAACUUUUCUGUGUAGCAGCCACGGCCCUGGCUGCAAAGAUGAAGGACAGCUUGGAGGCCUCGGGAACCCUUUGGGACGAGAUUUUCGCAACCGGGGACGACUCGAGCAAUGCGCCGGCGGAUUAUGAAGGCAGCCCUGAUUUACCUCCCACCCCGACCUCGGCCACCAGCAUGAGGUCGCAGACAGACUUCUUGGGGGAGAAGGGUCUUACGACGAGCUUCGACGAGCAGGGACGGGGUUCUCUCAUGUUCCUAGUGCGUCACAUCGAUGGCCGACGCGAUAUUGAGAAGCUCGAAGCAGCCGGCUACCGGUUUGCCGAGCUGCACCACGUUCUCGACACUAUUCACAGCGGCAUGCAGAUCAAGGCGCGAGACUUUGCGGCUAGACUACGCAACAUGUCGAACAAGUCGGAGACCACGACGGGCCUGAGCCCCGGAGUUCACCUGGGACUCUUUGCGAUCCGCGCUAGACUGGAUUAUGGCGGAUUCGACGUGUUAGUCCAGAAGAACGCCAAACAUUUGCUCCCGACUAUGCCUCUGCCACUGGAAGGUCUGGAGCCCUGGCAGACGGACCUUCUCAAAACCCUUCAAGGAUUCACCGCCUCUGCCGUCAUCCAGAAGCUGGAAGACGGGGCGUUCGGGCCAGGCAGAGGGCGCGACUUUGCGAUACAGCUUCGCAACUCGAUUGCCUCGCUGCGGCUGUGGAUCGAUAACGCUAUCCUCGACGAGGCAAAACUCGUCUCUCGGGUAGUUCGAGCCCCGUGCGACCCUAUCGAGUCAGAGUUGUCAUGUUCAUUGGUCGCAUUUCAACUUGUCCUUCCCAUCCACUUCAACAUCGCCUUCAGAAACCUGGAGGCAGUUCCUCUUCAGUUCUUCAAGAUGCGGCAGCACUUGAGCCAAGCCGACGGCUCCAACUCUGCUUAUACGGAGCAGCCGAUUCUGCGACCGCCACCUGGUAGGCGCUCUGACGACUCCAUAUCUGGGAAUCCCCGGAACAUGAGUCUGAAGAUGCUUGCCAAGCCGGGGCGACCGUUCAAGGAAACCCUAGACUACGAGCUUCCUCAUCAUGCCUUGACAAAAGGCCUGAGGGAAAAUUCGGUGGCGGCUAACAAGAGGAGUCCUGGCAAUGAUGAAUGGCGACUCCCGACGUCGACAACAAGCCCGUUUGAAAAGGCCAAGGCUCUCACCGGCCAAAGUUCGCCAGGCAUGCACCCAUACGGCAGCAUCUUGGUGUCGCAAGAAAUUCAGGUGAAUUACCAACAGGUCCGUUGUCGGUUCUUGGUCAAUGUCGCUUGA